AUGGGAGGCGACGGCAGGCCCAGCGACGGCGGCGGCGGCGGCGGCGCCGGCGCCGGCGCCGGCCACCCGCACCAGUUCCAGUACCAAGCCCUCCUCGCCGCCGUGCACACGCAGAACCCCAACCACAGCCACAACCUCCCCUUUCCCCUUCCUCCCCUCAAUGGACCUGGACCUGAUGCAUCUACACACAAUGCUGUUCGCCAGCCUCCGACGCCAAGGGGGUUUGCUGAUUGGAGUGCGUCUACCAGUGCCUUCACGUCCCUUGCUGUGCAGAGCACUCCUUCCACAGCUACUGCCAAUGCAUACCAUUACAGCCUAUCUCCUUGCUAUGCUUUCUGGACCCAUUACAUGCUUAACAAGAAUGCAUAUAGCUACUAUCCUGCACCUAAUCAGGAGCACACCCACCCUUUCAGCCUUGAUAACAACCAGGCUAAAGAUCCAGGUUCUAUACCCAGCUUCGGGAUCGAGUCAUUUAAUACAACAUCCCUGGCACCAAACAUGUCUGCUCAUAUGCCUCCCAUGGAAGGACCCCUACCUACAAAGGAACCUGAGGCUCCAGAGGACAUGCCUGCUAGAGUAGCUACAAUUAAGGACGAAAUGGAUGCCAGAAAUGGUGUUGAACUUAAAUGUGAAACAGUUGACGCUCUUCCAGAGUUGAAGCAAGGUCAUGAAAGUUGUGCCAGUAAAUUCAACUCUGGAGAAUACCAAGUUAUUUUGCGCAAGGAAUUGACAAAGAGUGAUGUUGCGAAUGUAGGAAGAAUUGUGUUACCCAAGAAGGAUGCAGAAGCUAGUCUUCCACCAUUGUGCGAAAGGGAUCCUGUGAUACUGCAGAUGGAUGACAUGGUGCUUCCGAUUACGUGGAAAUUUAAGUACAGGUUCUGGCCAAACAACAAAAGCAGAAUGUACAUCCUGGAUUCUACAAGUGAAUUUGUGAAGACACAUGGUCUUCAGGCAGGGGACGCACUCAUUAUCUACAAAAAUCCUGUGCCUGGCAAAUAUAUUGUCCGAGGGGAGAAGGCCAUUCAGCAGACAAAUUAG